AUGUCGAGGUUCAACGAUAUUAUCAAGCUGUCAAAUAAUACAGCAAUUAUUGUGCCAGAAACUGGCCUUAAAGUGUCAUACAACGACUUGGCAGACAUUUUGGGUCAUGUGCAAAUGAUGUUUCAUGAUCCUCAAUCACCAGUGUUCCAAAGUGGCAAACAGUCUACCAUUGCUAUUUCUAUUCCUAAUGGUUUGGAAUUCGUUGCUGCGUUUUUGGCGACGUCAAUGCAAGGAAAUGUCGCUGCACCUUUAAAUCCGAAUUACAAGUUUCAGGAGCUUGAGUUCUACUUGAGUGAUCUUGAGGUGAAAGUUAUAUUCGUGGCUAAGGGAACCACUUUAAAUGCUGAUUCAGACCUUGUCAGAGCAGCUUCUAAGUUCUCGUGCCAUCUGGUUGAGCUUUCCUAUGAGAACGCUCGUAGCCGUGUGGAAUAUGAAGUUUUCUCCCCAGAAAACAGGUUUCAAUCCAGUAUCUACAAAUCACAAGAAAGAAACGCCCAGUUUGUCAACACCGAGUGUUGUUUCCCCGGUUCAGCUAAGGCGGACGAUGUGGCAUUGGUUCUCCAUACUAGUGGUACUACAUCCAGACCAAAGAUUGUUCCGUUGUUGCAUUCUAAUGUGGCUACAAGUAUGAAAAAUAUCGCGAACACCUACAAGUUGUCUCCAUCUGAUGUAUCUUACAUCGUCAUGCCGCUAUUCCAUGUCCAUGGGCUUAUUGGAGCGCUACUCUCCUCCUUUUACGCGCAAGGAUCUGUUGUAAUCCCUCCAAAAUUCAGUGCCCGGUCUUUCUGGCCCGACUAUCUAAAGAAUGGUUGUACGUGGUUCAGCUGUGUCCCAACAAUCUCACAAACGUUGCUUAAGGUUAAGAAACCCAGUCCAAUGCCUAAAAUCAGAUUCAUUCGCUCUUGCUCCAGUGCGCUGGCGCCUGCGACCUUUUAUCAACUGGAGGAGGAAUUUGGUGCCCCUGUAAUUGAAGCGUAUGCAAUGACCGAGGCCGCUCAUCAGAUGACAAGCAACGAAUUGCCUCCAGGUAUGCGUAAACCAGGCUCCGUUGGAAAGCCGCAGGGCGUUGAGGUCGUUAUUUUGAAUGACGAUGACGAGGUCCUCCCUCAAGGUGCCCAAGGAGAAGUCUCCAUCCGUGGUCCAAAUGUAACCCCAGGCUAUCGUAACAAUGAUAAGGCCAACAAGGAAAAUUUUACUCGUGAAGCACAUUACUUUAGAACUGGUGACCGUGGUUACUUUGAUGAAGAUGGUUUCUUGAUACUAACUGGUAGACUCAAGGAACUGAUCAACAGAGGUGGUGAGAAGAUAUCCCCCUUAGAACUCGACGCUGUUAUUCUGUCUCACCCAGCGGUUGAAGAGGUCGUAUCUUUUGGUGCCGCCAAUGAGAAGUACGGCCAGGUAGUCAAUGCAGCUAUCGUACUAAAGAAGGGCAAGUCUCUCCAAUAUGGCGACCUUGUAAAAUUCAUGGAAGAAAAGGUGGCCGCAUUCAAGAUCCCUGAACGCGUGUACUUCGUCACCAGUCUACCAAAAACACCAACAGGCAAAAUACAAAGACGUAUUGUCGCUGAGUUGUUUGCUUCCCGUAACAAACUGUAA